ACAAAUACAGGCGACAGCCGUCUGCGCAUGCGCACCACACCGAACUACAAGCGCUGAGUGCAGGAGGGAGAGUGGACCUGAAGAGUGAGGAGAACAACAUUUACACAACAUGAUUUAAAGAAGAACAUCAUCUCACACACACUACACACACUACACACGUGUUCGUUUAAUUCCAUAUUUAUAAGUUUGUUCCUUUUAUUCCAUAUUUUUGAUUUGUUUGAUUAUAUAUAUUUUUGUUUUUUUAUUCCAUAUUUAUAAGUUUGUUCCUUUUAUUCCAAAUUUUUUAGUUUGUUUGAUUUAUUACAUAUUUUUGAUUUUGUUUGUUUAUACAUAUUUUAGUUUUUUUAUUCCAUAUUUGUGAGUUUGUUUGUUUUAUUCCAUAUUUUUGAUUUUUUAUUCCAUAUUUUUGAGUUUUUCUUUUGUUUUAUUCCAUUUUUGUAAGUUUGUUUUAUUCCGUGUUGAUGAAGUCGGUUUAUUCGAUAUUUUUGAGUUUGUUUGUUUAUUUAUAUUUUUGUUUUUUUUAUUCCAUAUUCGUAGUUUGUUUGUUUUAUUCCAUAUUUUUGAUUUUGUUUGUUUAUACAUAUUUUUGUUUUUUUAUUCCAUAUUUUUGAUUUUGUUUGUUUAGAUAUAUUUUUGUUUUUUUAUUCCAUAUUUUUGAGUUUUUCUUUUGUUUUAUUCCAUUUUUGUAAGUUUGUUUUAUUCCAUGUUGAUGAAGUCGUUUUAUUCCAUAUUUGUGAGUUUGUUUGUUUAUUUAUAUUUUUGUUUUAUUUAUAUUUUUGUUUUUGUUUGUUUUAUUCCAUAUUCGUAGUUUGUUUGUUUAUUUAUAUUUUUGUUUUUGUUUGUUUUAUUCCAUAUUUGAAUUCGGCGUUAUGAGCUUAAUCAUGUAGAUUUAGAGGACAGUGUACAUAUUUAGUCUGACUGUUUACUCUCUUGGCUCUGACAUCAUUUUAAUCAACAGAUUUUCUUGAUGAAUUUUAUUCUCCUUUUUUUUCUUUUCUGUACAUCAUCCAGUUAACAGUCAUAUUUUCAGGAGGACGGCCUCUCAGAUGUCUAAGAACGUUUUUUAUGAGUGUGGCUGAGGGACUGUGCUGACACAGUGACGGUAGUUGUUCCGUGACGGUUGUGAAACAGACACUGGAGUAGUUAAUGGUUCCUUAAGGAUGUGUGAGUUGACAGAGAAUAUUUGCCAAAGUGAUCCAUCAGCCUGACGGGUGAGGUUGUCCAGCACAGCUCUGGGGCCACAGGCUAUUGUUAAACCCGCUGGAUCUGCUAAUUUUUGAGAUUGUUUUUCAAUGUAAUUACACAAAGAAAGACACAUGAAAAUGAAGACAACAAAGCUGAACAAAUGUAGAGUACACAGUACUGUGUACACAAGUAUUAGAAAGGAUAGGUGUAUCCACAAAUAUAACCUACUUUGUGUAUUUAUAAAGCACUUGUGACACACAAGAGAAAAUGUCAUUAUUCAAGUCAAGUGAUUAUUUAAUUAAUAAGCUACGCAAAUAGUUUCAGAAAAAUCAAACUGCUAUGGAAAGUCUUUCAAUCUUUUCUGGAUGUCCUGGUAACGUGUGGAGAGAUUCACGUCUGGGUCAGCUCCGGUGAUAUUCAGCGUCUCAUCGUCACCGCUUCAUCAUAGACCGCUGCUGUUACUGUUACCGUACGUCAACAUGAAAUGAACAAACAAAUAAAUAAAUCAUCUGCACCCUUUAUUACCACUUUAGGUCAAUAGACACUCCGUCGGUGGAUCAGCUGUCAGCCAAUCAGGUUUGGUAAGUUAAAAACACUCUUCAGAGUACAAGAUUCAGAUCUCUGUUUUAAUAAAUCCAGUUUCAUUGUCAGCCAGUCCACGAGGAGGAGGCGGAGCUUCAGACAGGGUGGAAGAGGGGGUCGUCUCGGUGUGGCCUUGAACGGUUCAUGAAGUCAGUCAGCACCUCCAGGACAGAUCUGUCAUGUUACAGCCGUUCAUCGCUGUCAUGGAGUCAGGGAUGGCUGCAAGCCCAGCCACACACCCCUCUGAGUCAACACCAUAUUUUACAAUCUGAUGUGUGCUUUGCUAUCAUGAUGGCACUGCAAAGGUCAACUCUGCAAGAUCUAAGGACUCCUACUGUGUACACAGAGGCCGGGCACUAAGACGCCAGAAAGAUCUGAAUAAGCUCUGAAACCCUCAGCCUCCCUCGGAGAAUCAACGACACAAACAAACACCCAGGGUCUCUGAUCAAAGUGGAGGGUCUGGAGGUCCGAUAGGCUCUGGUACCGGUCCAUUUUUAGGUGUAAUUGUGAAAAGGCCUCCUCACGCUUCAGGUCAGUGUGGAGCUCCUGAGUGUGUUCUCUCAGUUCUUCCUCUCUAUAGGACGAGGCUUUCUGAGUAUGUUUUAAGUUUCUACUUUAAAAUGUUGAAUUUCUUUUUCCAGGUUCCCCUUUCACCAGGUGUUUUCAGUGAGGGCGGGGCCAGGGUGAGCUUUAACGAGAGCAGCAGGUGUGUGUGUGGGGCUGGGCUCACUUCAUGGACACUGAGAGGACAUAUUACAUAAAAGUCACGGUGCAAACAGGUCGAGUUCAGGGAGAAAUCAAGACAGAAAUGUCGGAGACACGAGCGACGGAGAGUUUAGAGUCAAAAUAAAUGAAGUCCUCCAGUCUGAGAAAAACCUGUCACUGAUGAGUUCAUGAGAAACUCAGGGCUCUCAAGUCUCACGCAUUCAGCGUAUGACACACCCAUUCCCACUCGUUCACACGCUCACACGCCACACAUUGUAUUUCUCACACAUUUAAAUGAACAUGGUGAUGUCCACCAAGUUGCACUUCUUCAACUAUGGAACAGGGGGAAAUCAACUGAGUUCCUCUGAGAGUUCAGAAGCUGCGUGCCACGCACAAGCCAAUCAAAUAAAGUAUAUCUACUGAACAGCCAAUCAAAAAGCAGCAUUGCUGUAUCUGGGUAGAUUUUGAUAUCUUGUGGUUUGACUACAGAAGAAGACAGACACUUGCCGAAAUAGAGCAGGUUUUUAUAAGGACGAGAAAGACCCGAUGAUUACAGUAAGUCAGUAACCUACACAUGCAGAGACCUCAACACCUCAUGGCAGAUAAACUCAUAUGAUAAACUAAAGCCCAGCUGUAUUGAUGAAUUUAGCCUCUGUACAGCCAUUUCCCCUCCACAAAAGCAGCAUUUCUCAUAUAUUCUUUUUAAAGUUCUGAUACUCAUGACAGUGUAACGCUCAUGUACCAAAGGAUUAAGUAUCUCCAUGUCUGUGAAACCUAUACUAAAGUACAAUCCAUCUAAAUGCUCCUCAGUGCUGAUUUUAACAACUCUCCUCCACAACAGGUAACUUUACUACUUUAUUCUUAAAGUCAUUAAUGACUUUAUUCUCCUAAAUAAUAACUUUAAUCUCAAAGAUUUAAAAAUGUUUUUUUCUUUCUUAAUGUGGCCCUCAUACUCCGUUGUAUUUAUUAGAUUAUUAUACUAAUAAUUAUCUUCAAUCACUCUUCGACCCCCCCCCCCCCCCUCACUCCAAGCUUAGUUCAAAACUUGAGAGCCCUGGAAACUCAAUCCUUUUCCCCGUUAGGUGCUGUCAGGGCCAUCAGACCGUGGUCUCAGGUCAUGGAAACCUGCCCAAGAGUCUGGAUUGACACAGAACCGGGCCUCCAGUCUUCUCUUAAAACAGGGUCUUGGUCUUUAGGACCCUUGUAUGAACACAGUCAUGAUGCUUUAAUAGUGUAAAAGAAUCACCACCAUAAAGAGGAACGCUUCAGAUCAGGUCUAACAGUCCAUCAGGGUUCAGUUUGUGGAGAAGAUUCUAAGGAAGCCGGUCCAGCUGCUCUGUAGUAUUGGGCUCUCCGGAUUGGGGGUCCGUUUUUGCCGAGCCGCACCGUAAAGUCACUUUGAUGACCUCAGACCUCAGACUGAACUUUUUGAUUGAUCUCAUCGUUUAAUGAUGUUUAAUGACCGAUACUGAAGGCCCGACAACCCUGAUCAGAGUCAGAACCUCUACACCGCCUUCUUCUCCGGGUCUUACACCCAACAGAACUUUUUUAGGCCCACCGCAUGACAGCAAAGUCUAAAACCCACAGGAUGCGUGUCGAGCACGCUCCUUCAGUGUCGUAUGUUACAGAUACGUUCCUAUUCUAAUCCAUGCAGCAUCACACACCUGAAGCACGUGGCAGCGUGUCGCCCAGAACACGCCCAGAACACGCCCAGAACACGCCCAGAACACGUCAAUCUGCACAGAGAAGAUUGUCGUAGACAGGAUGACACGCAGGUCAUCCUGUUAUUUCCAGAAUAAAACAUGAUCCCAGCUGUGUGUCAGAUCCACAGACUGUUUUUACUCUGGACAGCGUGGUUCCUCCUUCCUCCUGUAAACUCAAACCAUCAUCGCGCAGCAGCGUUGUACGUAUUCGGCGGGAGAGUCGCUGUGAUGGCGCUCGGCUCAAACUACAUGUCAACAUCACAACCAGGGGGGAGAAACGUUUAUAUUCUGUGUCAUUCAUUUAUAAAGUUUGUCCACAGCUCCAUAAGGAGGCGGGGUUUAGGACCUAUACUGCAGCCCGUCACCAGAGGGCGCUGUUCUCAGAGAGAGGAGGAGGAGGCAGACGGCGUCUGUUCUAGAUACAGUCUCUGGUCAGAACGUGUAGAUAAGAAAUUCUUCCAGGUUCUGGAUUUAUCAGUUUGUUUCAGUUUAUUGAUACUAAAGCAGCUCUGGUCCAGCCGACCAGGGCUGUGCUACGCUGCUACACUGCGCCGCUGCUGCUGCGCCGCUGCUGCUGCCGCUGCUGCGCCGCUCCGAACAUGCGCGCUGUCUGAGCAGCCAGACUGAGGCGACGACAGACACACAUCCUGGGGGUUUUUGGCUUUAGUGGCACCUGUAGUCUUAAUCUAUUAAGCCUUUAAGACUCUGAGCUCACAAACAAACAGACCUGAAGUGAGGUCCCUGAGGAGAGUCUAAUCUCCAGGAUAUUUACAGUGUGUGGCACAAUGAGGCUCUCACUCAGAUCAUGAUGAUGAUGAAUGGAUGAACUGAACACAUACACUGCUUUAUAGACUCAUUUUCUAUGAUGAUGAAUACUGAGUUUGACUCCAGGUAUGACUGAAACUCAACAUGAACAUAUGAAGUCCAACCGUCUGGAUCCAUAUGGGGACGACCGGGGCAGACCCAGAGGGUUGGUUCAGUGAACAAGGGAGCAGGACAGGUGUCCUGGACUAAUCUAGGAGGGACAAUGUCAAUACCCCACAUCUCUCCACACAUCAUCAGGGAUCAACCGGGUGCUGACAGACAAGCUCGACCAUGUUUGGUCAGUCCUUGAGAACAAAGGAAGCCUUUGGACUUUAUUCAAAUGCUGUUAGUUUUUGUUCUCACCUAUCUGAGUGUCCCAGGUUAUAAAAACCACACCUGCUGUGACUCUCAGAGAUAAACAGUCCUGGACUUCACCAUGACUCCAUACUCGGUGACCCUCCUUUGUGCCUUCAGCCUCUUUGCUGCCGUUCAGGUGCCCGGCACCUCAGCUCUCUGGCUUGUAAGUAAAUCUAAAUCCUCCAUAAAUAAGGAUUCAUGUUUGCUGAAAAUAACUGUUUGUAUUUUUUCAAAACUAUCAUCAUUUUAAAUGUUGUGUUUUUUAAAUCCACCAAAUUAUCUCUCUACUCUCUGAACGCCCACCUGAUGAAGGGUAAGUGAUUAUUAUUAUUGUUAUUAUUAUGAAUAUUAUCAUGAUGAUUUAGAUUGUAACUAUUAUUAUUAUUAUUAUUAUUAUUACAUAUGUAUAUGUUUUUAUUAUUAUUAUUAUUUUUAUUUUUAUUAUUAUUAUUAUUAUUUUUUUUAUUAUUAUUAUUAGGACCAUCUGUCACUCUCUUCUGUCAAGCGUCACUAAAAGGCUUUUGUUUGGUUUCCUCUGUCAGACUUGGACCUUCCCUCAAACAGGAACGUGCGUAACAAAGGUGAGUGAUUUGAAUCAUUUCUAAACAAAAUGAAGUCCAUCUGCGUUCACUUAUUUUGGUUUUGUCUGUUUGUGGAGGAUCCAAUGGGGUCUCUCCAUCUGAGGAGGCGGUGAUUUUGGAGAAGCACAAUGACCUGAGGAGAAAUGUGCAGCCCACUGCCAGCAACAUGUUAGAAAUGGUACCAAACUGAUAUUCAUUCAAAACCCUCAUUUUUCAUCUACAAUCAUUAUUUGGCAGUGAGGGUCUCCUGGAGACAUUUUCUUCCAGUAGCUGGUUGUUGCUUUUAGUCACCUGUAACACCGUCUGCCUUGAACAGGCCUGGAGCAAAGAGGCUGCAGCUAAUGCUCAGAGAUGGGCGGAGACCUGCGCCAUGGCACACAGCGCUGAGGGACAGAGAAGGAUCAGCUGUAAGUUAUUAAAUCCUGAAAUAUAUCUGAGUAACUGAGGCCGAUGAGAAUAGCCGUCUGAAAUCAGUUCUUGUCUUCUUGUAUGAAACUGAUGGGACUUAAACAUCAUCUCAUCUCCCUCCUGUGACCUGUAGCCAGCGGCUGUGGAGAGAAUAUCUAUAUGUCUGACCACAAAGACAGCUGGAGCCAUGCCAUCCAGGCCUGGUACAACGAAUUCGAUAACUGGCAGUACGGGUCAGGGUCCAUCAACGGUAAACCUGUGGGACACUUUACACAGGUGAUCUGAUUCUUACAUUCAACUCUCCAGGUCGCUCUGAGUUUCGCUCCAUGAGCUCCUGGUGAUGUGUUUCCUGUCUUGUUACCUGCACAGGUGGUUUGGUACCGGUCCAACCUGGUUGGCUGUGGUGUUGCCCACUGUCCUGAGGCCAGUUACCAUUACUUCUAUGUCUGCCAAUACUGCCCACCGUGAGUGGAAUACAUUUCUCUCUUCUCUAUUUCAGCUCAUUCAGUCAGAUCCUUCAAAUAUAAAAUAUAAAAUAUAAAAUAUGAAAUAUGAAAUAUAAAAUAUGAAAUAUAAAAUAUAAAAUAUAUGAAAUAUAAAAUAUGAAAUAUAAAAUAUCCUCCUCAUCCAUGUUUGUGGAUUCAGUCAGUGUUAACGGGCGAACGCAUCAGCAGCACAACAAUGUUCUGGAGUUCAGAUGAAUGUCAUCUUCUGCCAUUUGAAUAUCAUCUCUCUGAAGGUCCUCACACACCGGGGCCGACGUUAAUAUAGAUCGUGAAAUUACGAAAUAUUUGGAGGCGAAUUUUGACCUGCCUGACUAAACACGUCAAGCCCGGUGCGAUUUUGUGACUUUCCAGGGGGAAAAAAGACGCGUCCCUGGGAAAGUCCCGCCUCCUUCGCUUCUGAUUGGCUAGAAAAGCUGGAAACAUCAUCACACGCUCAAGCCAAACGGUCAGCCAAUCAGAGGCGAAGGAGGGCGGGAUCUUCCCCUACCAUCCAACGGCGUUCAACAGUUCUGAUCAGACUCUAGUGUUGAGAUGUCUGUCAGGAUAGCAUGGACUGAGUCGGGUCAGAACCAGAUAAACACAUGUAACCAUGGUAACAACCGUUAGCUUACGUUAGCACAGAUGAAAGUUCAAACAAAGACGUUUAUCAAACUGUUAAAGCUCACAAACCAUUGUUAUCGGAGAAAUCCGACACUAUGACUCUCCACAAGUCGUCCUUCAGGUCGUUCUCUUUGUAAUGUUUGUGUUUUUUAUCAAAAAUCACUCUGUUCUCCGACACGGAAACAAUCAUCCGGUCGGCCAUGUUGGAUAUACCGCUGAAUCUGACGUCGCAACAACAUGAAAUCUGAUUGGUCAGAAGUGGACACACAGUCUGAGAAACUUUAGAAAAGUCGACCGUGAUCCGAAAAAAUAAAUGCUGCAAUAUCGCAGGACGGGAAAACGUCGCCGAUGUGACGCUUGUGUUGACAGGAAACGGGUUCAAAAAAAAUAUUGACGUCUGAAAUAAUCGCAGGAUAAAAAAAAAGGGUCCUGGUGUGGGAGGAGCUUAAAUCUGUGAGUUUAGUGUAAUUUGAUUUCAUAUUUGAGUGGUUGGUCCUGUUUACAGUGGAAACUACCAGUUUACUCACCCCUACAAAAAAGGAGCCCACUGUGGUGCCUGCCCAGACUCCUGUGAUAACCAACUGUGCAGUAAGUAGCUGUUCUGUAAUAUAAUAAAUCAUGUAAUAAUGUAAUAUAAGAAUAUCAGUAAUCCCACAGAUGUCCACAGACACAGAACAAGGAGGAGCUGUGAGAUGAGAACUGUUUCCUUCAAUCCUUGUGUCCUUCCUCCCUCUCUCCUAGCUAACCCGUGCCCGUACUCUGACAAAUACGGAAACUGUCCCGGACUGGCCAAAAAGUGGGGCUGCAGCAACGGGAGCGUGGCAGCUUGGUGCCGCGCCUCCUGCGCGUGCAGCGACAAGAUAAAAUAAGAUUUGAAGGCCUCCAGUCCACAUGACCUCUGACCUAUGAGUCAGUCCAAAAACAAACAACCAUCAUGUGAGACUGUGCCCCUCCCUCUGGAUGAAAUGAACCAUUUCUGACCUUUAAGAAAUACUUCCUCUCCCUUGUUGU